AUGAGUGAUUGCUUUAUAUGUAAAAAACCUCUUGGGGACAUUAAAGUCCGAACUGUAAAAGCUAGGCGAGUUAAAACUAGUUUGCUUGAACGAGCAAGAUUCAAAAACGAUUUGGACAAUGAAUUGUUUUUGCAAAGUGUUUCUGUAGUAACUGUUCAUAUUCCCUGCUAUCAUUAUUAUAGUGAUGGUCGAACAGAUAAUGAAGUUCGUCGUCUCAGUAGUAGCAGUUCAUCGUCUUCAGUAUCGGAAAAUCUAGAUACUGAUUUUGAUUUCUCAAAUCAAAUUUAUUUGCGGCGAGGUAUUCCAGGAUCAGAGAUUUUCAUAUACUUGGAAGAGCUUGUAUUAAAAAACGGAAUUCCUUUAGUAGAAGUUCGUGCCGAUUGUUUUUGGUCUGCUAGAUCAUAUGGCGAUAACUACAAAGCACUUUCUGGAGCAUCAGUCAUAAUAGGAAGAAAAUUUGGAGAGGUUCUGUAUGUCGAAGUGAAUAACAAAUACUGUUUAGUAUGUGUGCGAAAGCAAAAAAGGAGUAGAGGCAAAACAACACGUUUGCUACAAAAACUACGAUGGCCCAUUCUCAGGGAUGGAAUCUGA